CUCACCAAGCUUGAUCCCAUAUUCAGGGCGAAACAAAUCUAUUCCGAAUGCCCUAAAAAACCGAAAAUAAUCGUAUUUCAUUUUCAUUUUUCUUUUCAUUUUGAAAAUUCCGCGAAUUUCUUACUCGCUCACACAUCUACUCCCCCUAUCAGAUAUAUUUAUAUCUAUCAAAGCGUCGCCACUUAUAAAUGAUCCUAUAUCUGCCGUAGUGGUGGGCAUGUUAGCCACUGUGGUGCUGCAGAGCGCCACGACGACCACAAAUGUCCUGGUGGGCAUGAUCGCAGCUGACAUGCUUACCGUACAUGAAGCCAUACCGGUGAUGAUUGGGUCAGAACUGGGCGGCACCCUUGUCAAUGCCAUCGUCUCGUUGGCCUACUCGGGAGAGCCUGAACAAUUUCGACGUGCAUUUGCGGCCGCCACUCUUGGGGACGUUUUCAACAUCUGCUGUAUUUUCGUGAUUUUGCCGCUCGAAUUAGCCACAGGAUUCAUCGAGGAGUUGAGCUGGCUGAUAGUCGAUCCAUUGAUUGCUGAACAAGGCAUCAAUUUCAAGACCCUCGAUCUCUUGACCGAUCCGGUAAACAGGAUGGUUCUAGAGGUCAACGAAGACGAGCUAAGGAACGCCACCAUAGACGACGAUUACUUCGCACCUGAUCAUUCUUUCGUUUACCGUUGUGUUUUCAAAAAUGGUUCGCGGAUUUACAAAUGUAAAUGGAGUUCAGUUUCAGUUAUGAAAAUCGUUCAGAAUUCCACCGUACCUUGCUGA